UCAGCGAAAGGAACGUUUGAGAAACCUAGGAUCUCACUGUCAUUCAAGCGCAAGCCGGUCACCUCACCUGCAAGUCCACGGUCACUGAAGAUGCCAGGACAUCUCACAUCUCCUGUCUAUCAACCCAUUCCCCAUAUUCCAAUUAUGCAAAAAGGCAGCCUUAUUCAGAGUUUUAGGUUCCAGCCUCGCAGGGAUGGCAUUGACUGGAGGCGAUUCAGUGCCAUUGACACUGAAAGAGUUGCUCGUGAACUUGACAUAUCUACUCUCCAGGAGAGUAUGAAUUCUAUAACUUUCUGUAACUUGGAUAAUGAGAGAUGUCCAUAUUGCCAGCAACCUGUGGACCCUGUUUUGUUGAAAGUUUUGAAGAUGGCACAGUUUAUUAUUGAAUACCUUCUGCAUUGCCAAGAUGCUCUGACCAUUAAUAUGUCACAACUUGAGGAUCGUGUAGAGGAGGCAAUAGCUGAACAUCAGAAGACUAAAGAUGAACUUAAUAAGCAGAGUGAGGAAUUAAAAAAAGUUAAAGAGGAGAGCAAAAGGAGGAAGAAACUGAUUGCAUCUCAGCAGUUGCUUUUGCAAGCCAGUGCAAACAACUAUCAUAAGUGUCAAUUUUGUGACAAAAGUUUCAUGAACUACUCAUUCCUUCAAGGACAUAUUCAGAGACGACACCCUGAGAUCACAGAAUCUGAUAGGCAAAAGAAGAAGCAGGUGGAACAGAUGGAAUUUGGCAUUGAGGAACUAAAGGCUAAGCUACAGAUUACUCAGUCUCAGCUGGAUGCAGAGAGGGAGAUGGAGCAUCAAAGAAAAAUGCAGGAGUUGGAAGAAGCUCGGCGCCGUGAAGAAAAUGUGAAGAGAGACUUCGAGAGGUGGAAGGAGGAAGAGAGAGUAAAAAUCCAAGAUGAGAUUGAUAAAGUCAGACAGCAGUUCUUCUCUCAGCUUGAGGAUAUAACCCUAAAAAACUCGACAUUUGAAAAUAGAUUCCAGGACCUGGUAAAUAAAAAGUCCAUGACCUCCAAUCUCGGGGAACUUGAAGACGAGGAAGACCGACGUUUGCGAAAGAAGAUGGAGAAGGAAUUGAGAAACCUGAGAGAUGAGAUGGAAAGACAGGAAGCUGAAUGGAAAACAACAUUGAAGGAGAUGCAUAAAGAGCACGGUGUGGAGAAGAAAGAGCUUCUCAAUGAAAAUAAAAGACUGAGAGCUGCUAUGUCAAAUGAUCAGCAGUCAGCAAAUCAGCAGUUUGAGACACAUUUACAAACCCUCAAAUCUAAGAUACAGAAUCAGAAAACACUCAUAAAGUCACAAGAGAAAAUGAUAAUGGAUCUAAGUACAAGCAGAGAAGUGCCGCAAGUGGUUUUGCCAGUAGGUGGCGUGAAAGAGGAAUCGAGUGAAGAUGACAUAGAUGAAUAUCCAGACCAUAACCUGAGAAUCAUUGAGGCAUUAAGAAGUGAUCCAAACUCUGCCCGACAGUUCCGCAAUAUCUUGGAAGAAACAUUAGUAGAGAAGCUUGAAAGUAUUGGUGUCAAAAAGGGUGCAAAGGGAGUUCCGCUAGCUACCUAUAAGAGUCUCAAAGCCCUUCUGGCAACACAACUUCAGCAAAAAAUCAAUAAAUACCCUGAAAUUGAAACAAUCAAAGCCAAGUUAAAUAAAGUUCUUACCAGGCGGGUUAAACAAUGGAGGAAGAAUGAAGACACUCAAUUCAGCCCUACCAACCUCUCACCUCGGAAUCCAAAGAGUCCACGCAGCAUACGUCCUCCUGAUCAGGCGAUGCAAUCCAGGAAUAUGGUCACAGUUGAAUCUCAUAAGCCUAUCACCAAGGCACCAGUGCCUUCUCCAAGAAGGAGAAUGAUGGGACAGCAGAAUGAAUCUAGAAUUACCAGUGUUGUUCCAUCCAUACCACCAAGGACUCCUCCAUUCACGUCAGAAGAUGACUCCUCCAUGGCAGACCCCACGUCUUUUAACACCCCAAAACGCAAAGCAACCCAAAACUUUCAGACAAUUCCCAGAAAACAGAAGCAGAUGGAAACAUUUAGUGAUGACGACUCAUUGUUUGACUCAGACACCUCUCCUGAGAAACCAAGUCCUAGAUCUGUGACCUUUUCAACGACGAAGACAAACCAAGGGUCUCUUGUGCAUUCCAUGGCACAGAGUAUAGAGAAACAACUUUCCAAACCAAGGCAGAAGCCAGUCGGAGGAGUGGAAACUAUCAACUCUCAGUCCAUGAAAUCCUCAAACAGUCCAAGAAAAGAUGAGAAAAUGCAUCUGUCAGAUUUUAGUGACUCUGAAAUCUCCUCCUUUGAUGACAUCACUGAAAACCUGGGCAUUGGUGAGCAAAAGCCCCGACCUGCUCUUCGACAGAGUGCAGACUCCACAGGGUCACAGGGCACCAGUGUAUGGAGUUCUUCAAGUAUCAGAGCUGAGCGUUGGUGAUAAGAGAAAAGUGGAGAGAACACACAACAAAAAUGAAGUUUUCAGUUUUUAUGUCUUUACAUUUUGAGCGAUAAGGAUGAUUCCCUCUCUUAUUGUUUCAUUUUUUGGCUAAAUGGAUUGCACUUUGCGAAUACCACUACAACGAGGAAUAAUGCUACAUGAUGAUUUACUAUUAAUUACUCUAGAGCAGGGGUGCCCAAAAGGUAGAUCCCUAGAUGUUUUAAAAUUACAGCUUCCAUGAUUCGUUGUCUUUCUAAAAGCAUGCAAACCAUUAUGGGCGUUGUAGCUCUACAUCAUUUGGGGAUCUACCUUUUGGGCACCCCUGCUCUAGAGCUUUGUGUUUCUUUAUAACCAUUUCCUAUAUUUUUAUUAAC